CUCCGUCCAGCAGCAGCAGCAGCAGCAAGAGGAGGGAGGAGGAGGAGGAGGGGUCGCUUUUGGAGAGGAAGCGAAAUGAAGGAGCCAAGCAGGAAGCCCAAAAGAGUUCGCCUGAAAAAAGAGACCAGCAGAGUUAUAAAGGCAGCGGAGGCGGCCAGAGUUUGCUUGCAGUCCUCCCCGGGUUUUGCCUUGCAAAAAUAAGAACAGUCACAGCAGCAGCAGCAGCAACAACAGAGCUGCAUCCCCUCCCCUCUUUGCCUAUCUGCCUGCUUCCUCUUCCAGCACCCCGGGGGAGAAGGACAGCUCCCUUCGCCCGUUGGCACACUCUGCGCGCGAGAAAUCCCCGGCAAGCCGCCUUGAAGGGGAAGGAGGAGGCGGCGGAGGUCACCGGCGAGCAACAGACGCGGCGAGCUUGCCGGGCACCUAACUCAGCCCUUGCAGGCGCCCGAGACUCCCGCUUCCUCCAGAGCUCCGCUCUCACCUUGUACCUGCUUGCAGUUGCCUAGUCGGGGAAGACUACCCCCUCCUCCCCCAGUCCCACAACCUGUCGGCCUCGGGGGGUGGAUCUUGAAGCAGGCAAAGCAGAAUGUACCAGGGACACAUGCAGGGGAAAGGCUCUAGGGCGGCAGAUAAGGCUGUUGCCAUGGUGAUGAAGGAGAUACCGAGGGAGGAGCCUGCCGAGGAAAAGCCCCUCCUUACUAUGAAAUCACAGCUGGUGAAUGAGCAACAAGAAAGCAGACCCCUCCUGAGCCCCUCCAUCGAUGACUUUCUUUGCGAAACCAAAUCAGAAGCCAUUGCAAGGCCUGUGACGUCAAAUACAGCAGUUUUGUCUACAGGGCUGGAUCUCUUGGACCUGAGCGAACCAGUCUCCCAAACCCAAAACAAAGUGAAAAAGCUGGAGAAUUCCUCAAGAGGGGAAAGCUUGAAGGCUUCAACUCACAGGAAAAAGCCAGACAAUCCAGACCUUAUCAGUGUGGAUGCUGAGCAGAAAAUCCAGCCUGCCAGAGCUCCCGAGAAGUCGUCAUUGGAUUUAGUCAAUAUCCAGGCGCAGCUAGAGAAAUGGGAUGAUGUGAAGUUUCAUGGAGACAGAGCCAGCAAAGGCUUCCCAGCACCGGAGAGAAAACCUUCAUCUACUAGAGCUCCAUCAAAAGAAUUUCUAUGGUCUGCAGAGAACAGGUCCCAGUCAGAGCUGGCCACUGUCAAGACCGCACUGGAAUCUGACUCAGCCUCGGAUAUAGAAUUAGCGCCUGCUCCUGCACUUGCACCAAAGGCACGAUCAACCAAAGAGCAACGUUGGGGAGGUGCCCUCCUCUCACGAAAUCAUUCUAUGGAGGAGGAAUUUGAAAGAGCGAAAGCAGCUGUUGAGUCAGACACAGAGUUUUGGGAUAAGAUGCAAGCAGAGUGGGAAGAAAUGGCUCGCAGAAACUGGAUCUCCGACAGCCAAGAAGCACAAGGCCAAGCAGCCGUCUCCAUUAAUGAGAAGGGCUAUUAUUUUCAUACAGAGAACCCCUUCAAAGACUGGCCUGGCGCUUUUGAGGAAGGCCUCAAGAAGCUGAGGGAGGGGGACUUGCCCCUGGCCAUCUUAUACCUGGAAGCCGCUAUUCUCCAAGAUCCUCACGACUCCGAGGCCUGGCAGUACCUUGGGACAACACAAGCUGAGAAUGAAAAUGAGCAGGGAGCAAUUGUUGCACUCCAAAGGUGCUUAGAGCUCCAGCCAAACAACUUGAAAGCCUUGAUGGCCUUGGCUGUGAGCUUUACAAACACCAGCCACCAGCAGGAGGCUUAUGAAGCGCUAAGAAACUGGAUCAAGCAGAAUCCUAAAUACAAGUACAUCGUCAGGAGUAAAAAAGGAUCCCCGGCACUUACCAGGAGAAUGUCCAAGGCAGCAGAAGAAAGUUCACUGCUGGAAGAGGUGAAGGAGCUAUACCUGGAGGGAGCCCAUCAGAACGGGGAGAUGAUAGACCCGGACUUACAAACAGGACUCGGCGUGCUCUUCCACCUGAACGGAGAAUUCAACAGAGCAAUAGAUGCAUUCAGCGCUGCCCUCACAGUUCGGCCUGAGGAUUAUUCAUUGUGGAACCGUCUCGGUGCAACCUUAGCAAAUGGAGAUCGGAGUGAGGAAGCCGUAGAAGCUUACACGAGAGCACUGGAAAUCCAGCCUGGCUUCAUCAGGUCCAGGUACAAUUUAGGAAUAAGCUGCAUCAACCUUGGAGCAUACAGAGAGGCAGUCAGCAAUUUCCUCACAGCUCUCAAUUUGCAACGAAAGAGCCGGAAUCAGCAGCAGGUUCCUCACCCUGCAAUUUCAGGUAAUAUCUGGGCAGCUCUCCGGAUUGCUCUGUCUAUGAUGGACCAGCCAGAACUUUUCCAGGCCGCUAAUGUGGGCGAUCUGGACGUCCUACUAAAAGCUUUCAACAUCGAACCCUGAUGCACACAGGGAGAGAGAAAGACUCACACAGAGAGACACUUAACCAAGCCCUCAAAAGAAAAAAGAAAGCCCAACCCAUCUAGUUCUAUACAGAAAUAGAAAUAUCUUUGAAUUCCCUGCUUGGACUGAGAAAGACGACGUGGACACUUUGCAGCAGAAAGGGUUCUAUGGGAUUCCACCAGAUCUCCAGAAAAUUAAAAGCACAAAACCUUGUAAAUAUCACCUUGCGCAAGUCCACAUGGGAACAACAGCUACUAUGGUGCAUAGGGGAACUGGACAAACAACUUCACCUGGAUAUUCCUUACGACAUGUACUUGUACAAAGAAAAUGGGUUUUGAAUAUCAUGCUACCAUGUGCAUAAGAGCACAGAAAAGGUGUUGGGUAGCGUUUCCUAAGGAGCUCCUCUGCCCCUCAAAUACAGCAGAAGAGGGGAGGAUGGAUGGUUUCUCACUUCCAUCUUCCACAGUUCCUUUCCCACAUCUGUGGCCAUCCAUAUGUAAACGUUGGAGUAGCUGUGUUUUCCCCACCGUUAGCAACCAUCUACGGCUGAAACGUUAAUUGGAUUUUGAUUCUGGAGUCUGGAUCCCGUGAAGCCCUCCAAAGCAGAGAUCUCAUAAGAUCCGAGAAGUCUACGCAUGGAGAAUUUGAAGGUUGAAUCAUAUGCUGUAGGGGAUGGGUUGUGCAAACAGAGGGCCAUUUCUAAUGCUGCAGCACCGCUGAUGCAGGGGGUUUCUGUAUGUGCAACAGAACUUCCUCUCCCUCUCUUGUUCUCUCCAGCCUCCUGGGUGCCCUCAAAACCAGCUCUAGAUGGUUUGGGGAACCCUCUGGAGCAGAUGUUGAGGGUGCAUGGGGAGAGGAGAGGAAACGGAAGUUCCGUUACACCAGUGGAACGGUUCUGGCGCAGCAUUAAAUACAGCUGCUAAGUUGCAAUUUGCACUAGAGGUUUUUUGGGGUGGUAUGCAUGGGUAGGGCUGGCCCCACCUGUUUGGGCACCCUGGAUGGGUACCUGGGUGCACCUCGAACCCCUUUCUGAAUCCACCAAUUGUCUCUCAAAACCCCAUGCCCCUUUUCCUUAGAGAGGUAAACCUGUUGCUAAGAAUGUAGCCUACCAAUGUCUGUUUUCAGUGAUUCUGCAGGGAUGUUGCGGUCGAAAUUGUGAGUUGGUACCUAGCAGUGCAGGAAUGUACCUGAAAUCACUUCCCAAGCAGUCAGGGAGUGUUUUGUGCAGUUGCUAGGUAGCUGCCACGCAGGUUUCCUUCCCCUCCAUCAAGCAAGCAGACACUGUUAGCGGGUGAUGGCAGAGUGUUCAGCAGCUGGCUGCCCAGUGCUCUGGUCAGAUGUCCAUUGUGGCCACCGAGUGUUGUUUUGAGCAGAGCUCGCAACAGGACCACGAUCAAUGGGUUCAUUUGCACUUUAAUCUAGCUUUUCUGUUUUUAUUUGUAAAGGGAGGGGGAGAAAAAAUAUAUAAUACUUUUUACACAUUUGGAGAGAAAUAUCCAGAUUCAGCCAUGCUGGCAAAGGACCAAUAAGGAACUUGACACAAGGUGCAGCUUCCUUCCAGGCUGUUUAAAAAAUGCAAAUAGGAGCCAUAAAUUACAGUCAAGAAAUGGGAGAGGAUAUAGCAUGGGUGUUAAUGGGAGGCAAAUGUCAGCAAUCGAAGGACAGACAUCUGUUCCCUCUCCCUUUUGGAAGAAAACGAGCAGAUGGGCUUGCAGCCCCUGGUCUAGCAAAAGUGCUUCAGCUGAUGCUGAACUAUUUUGAGAAGGGAUGGCAAAAUUCUCCACUCUUCUUGACGGUACACGAUCAGCUCCAAAAUCUUCAAACUCGGUGCUUGAAGGAAUUAAAAAAUCCACUCAAGGUCACCAGGAAGUGAGCGAGCCCCAUUUAAAUGAAUGGGAGUCACUCUUGAGCAGAGGAGGAAGCUCUUGAUUUCAGUGGGGCUUACACGGAAGAAAUGUCCUGAUCCAUUGGGUCCCAAGGAAAUAAAGUGCUCUUUAAUUCCAGUUGAUUUCAGAAGUAGACAAAAUGCUAGAUUUUUAGAUGACAUUAGACAUUUGAAUGGAACGUUAAGUGCCAGAGAUAAGGCACACGAAGAACCUUCCAUCCAAGAUGGAUUAUCAGGAUGUAUCAAUAAUUCCAUUUUCUAAAAUGGUGAAUAUUUGUAAUUUUCUUUUUUUAAAAAAAUAAUAUCACAAACUAUGGUAUAAAAACGGGGAAAGGGAGGGUAUACAGCGUUUCAUACUUAGAAUGUUAUACACAGGGUAUCGCUUGGAGUUCUUGAAGCCUGAUCGCUUUGGCUUGUUUAUCAGUGCUGGUGACUUGGCUUAGCAGGCAGUGUGCUCUCAAACCUCGUUGAAAACAUGGAUGUGCUGGCGCAGCCCAAGUGGAGAAUGUUUCCUAAAUGUAAUGAUGUUCUUUUAAAUGAUCACCCAGAACCAUGCCCAUAAAUGUCAGAUGUGGCUGAACAGCAUCUCCCAUCAUCCCUGCUGGCCAUGGGCCCAUGCUUGCCGGGGCUGAUGGGAGUUGUAGUUCAGCAACAUCUGGUGGGCCAGCAGUCCCCCACCCCUACUCUAAAUUCAAGGCACCUUAAGAAUUGCCUUGCUAGCUCAGACCAAAGGUUUAUCUAGGCAGGCAGUGGGCAGAAUAGUUGAGGAUCUGCUGGGAGAAGUCUGGCAAGUAGAUUGGCAAGGGUUUCCAACUCCCAGUCGUUUAACAAUGGCAAAACAAAAUGGCGCACACACCCUCAUCCACUGUAUCAUUGUUGGAUGAGGCAAGAAGGAGCAAGGCAGGUUACCUAGGAUUGGAUUUUAAUGUGAAAGAACUGUGAACUCAGUUAAGUUAUGGUAUCUAAAACAAAUUUCUGGGUUCAGAAUUAUUUUAAUUUAGAGUGUACAUCAUUUGUCCCUGGCCCUGGUUGGUCAGUCUCAGGAUUCUAGUAAAUAAGCAAUUAAGUGGGUCCUGCGAGCCUAACGUCUAAAAGCCACUGCUUUAGAAGUCUGUUUUCGGCAUUAAGUGGUAUAUAAAUUAAUUCUUCUUUGUCAUCGCUGAAGCCAGCACUGCUGAUAGCUAUAUGCUCCAGGCAAAUUCAUAAACGGGGAUAUGAUAACUGACAGCCUUUCCCUGGCGCUUGUCCCCGGCUGAAAGAUAUAUUGCCUAAGGACAUGGAGGUUCUGCUCAGCUGUCAUCGCUAAUCGGUAGGCCUACACACAAGGUCCCAGAAGCAGAGUGCAUUCCAAGAAAAAAAAUAAACCAUUCAGUAGUAAUAAGCAAAGAUCUUUACACAGAUAGCAAUAAAACCUUGGAUGUAAAUGCCCCAAUCCAUCUUGCCAUUCUUUCUCUGCAUGCAGCGAUGCUACUAGUGCGUAUCUGGUGGAAACGGCCAUUUAUUUUUAUGGCUUACGAACAAACACCUUUGCUGUCUCAUUGCUCACAAUGUCCAGAUGCAACAGUUCAUUAGCAACACUGGAAACCAAUCAUAGAAUCAUAGAGUUGGAAGAGACCACAAGGGCCAUCGAGUCCAACCCCCUGCCAAGCAGGAAACACCAUCAGAGCACUCUUGACAUAUGGUUGUCAAGCCUCUGCUUAAAGACCUCCAAAGAAGGAGACUCCACAGAAUAGUUCAGAACUCCAUUCAGAAUAGUUUGUUGCUGUGUAGCCUGUUGGACAGGGCAGAUCUGAGUAGAGCUGGGAGCCAAGGAGCACAAUCUGGUAGGGAUGUCCUCCAGCACCUUUGAAAUGGACAACAGUUUGGGUCAGACGACACACAAGUGGCAUCUACUUUUUAAAAACAAACAAACUGUAUAGUCAACCAGAACUGGUGGUGGUUUUCAACAGUACCGAGAGACGGUUAACCUUCCCUGCCUCCUUGUGGUUCUGAAGAAAAUAGCUCCCCUCAACCCCCAAGCCAACAGGGUGGGCAGCUCAUAUCAUUGCUGAUGGGGGCUUCUGAAUGAAUAGCAGCCUAGGGUGGGAAAGUGGAUUAUUUAUUCUUUUUCUUUUUCUUAGAGGAUAAUGGUGCAAGCCUAACUCUUGCAUCUACACACCACCAUGCUGAUUAAAUCACAGGGCAGCUACUGACCAGUGGUUUCUAAAGGAUGCAUGCUACAAAAGAGUGUAAUUUAGCAUCAUGUGUAUUUCGUCCAUAGAAGGGAUCUACUGUCUGUUGAAGAAAACCGAGACUUUGCUCCUUCCAGUAGUAGCCUUAAAGCAACUACUUCUGCUGCCCUGCUGAUUUCUGUCCUCUCCUGUGUACUUCACUGUGGUCCCAUUAACACCAUACCUUUAAAGCACUAGGAAACCACAAAUCACAGCUUCUCCCAAAGGAUUCUGGGCACUGCAGUUUCUUAAGGGGGCCGAGAGUUGUUUUUUUAGGAGACCCCCUAUUCCUUCCACAGAGUUACAGUUCCCUCAGAGUUCCCUGUGAUUAACUGCUAAACCAAUCUGAGAAUUGUAGCGCUGUGAGGUGAACAGAGGUCUCCUAGCACCUCUCAGCAUCCUUUGCAAACUGAAGCUCCCAGGAUUCUUUGGGGGAAAGCCAUGACACUGUAAAGCAGCAUCAUAGCGCUUUAAAUCCAUAGUGUGGAUGUGGCCAGUGUCAUUUUGCUGCUCUCUUCCUGCUCUUGCGGAGGACAGGAUGAAGACGGGUUUCCUCCUCACACACACACACACACACACCGGUGUGCUGCAUCCUAGGAAAUAAGCAGCUGCUUAAAGGAGAAAAAGUGCACACAUUGUCCCCUGCCUCCAUCUUUCAGGUUCACUUUUAGUGCAAGCUUUGGAACUCAUUGACACUUGACAUUAUAAGCUGUGUCUCCAUGGUAGAGCUACUUGCAGUGGACAAUGGAGGAUUGCCGCCCAAAGUGACAUCCCUGCGUCAACACAUCUUCUCCUUUCUUUUAGUCAAAUGUAUUAUGUCGUUUUCCUGCCAGUGAUGUGGAGCGACAAGGUGGAGCGAGAGCAUGGGCACAUCUGACUAAACUUUAUGGAAGCAGGAAGAGAAAUUCAAUAUGGAAGGGGGGCGAGAAAAUUGAACACAGGGAUACCAUUUGUGGCAGCAGCCCUGUGUCAAGUGCCACGCGUAGAUCCUCUCUUGCAAAUCAUAGGGUAGUAUUCAGCUAAGAAAAAGAAGAGUUUGGAUUUGAUACCCUGCCUUUCACUCCCCUUCAGGAGUCUCAAAGUGGCUAACAUUCUCCUUUCCCUUCCUC